AUGGAAGUGCUUUCCCCACAAACGGCUCAUGAGGUGAGCGCUUACGUCGGCAGCGAUAGUGUGGCCACCGGUGGCGAAGAGAUACGGAUCCCACGCCCGGCCAACGCAUUCAUGCUAUUCGGCAAAGAGUUUCGCAAAGUGUUGGCCAAUAAGUUUCAGGACUUGUCGAACAAACAGAUCAGCAAAAUAUUGGGCGACGAGUGGAAGAAAAUGGAUGUCGAGCUGAAGAAUCAUUACCACAAACUCGCCGAAGACACUCAUCGACAACAUCUCGAGAAAUAUCCCGGCUAUUAUUACAGCCCUUUAGAGGCGCGACAGCGAAAGGCUGAACGAAAGCGUAAGUCAAAAAUGUCCAGAAGUUGUCAAAGAGCUAAGACUAGUCUUCACAUGAAUUACCCGGUCAUUGAGCCGUUCGGUGGCAAUAGAUCGUUUCCACUCCAGAGUCCAAUGCAUCAAUUGAUACGACCCGUGUUCGGCACUCCUAUCCCUCCGAGAGCUCGGUUUGCGCAACACGUCCUCCGCUACGGACCUAAUCAGCCAUUCGGCGGUUUCUUUCGCUACGGAUUCCCUCAGCCGCGGCCUGUAUUUGUGGUUCCGGUCGCCGCUGAUCACAGCUAUGCCGCCGCCUCACAGCCGACGUUUGACCAAUCGGUUCAACAAUUUGUCACUUAUAAUGAAAGCCUUGAAUCGCAAACCAACGAAACGCAAGUCCAGAGCCAUGACAUCAAAGUCGAAGAAAUGUCGGGAACUACUGAUAUCGAUCUCUUGUCCACAUUUCUGCCGCCAAUGCAUAAUCCAACCGAAGCCACGGCUGUCGUUGAGUCCGAAGACUCAAUCGAUUCAAACGAAGUGACAAUACGCGAGUCUGAAGUGACCAAAAUGUCAAACGCGAGUAUCGAUAAGGACUCGACUCUUAAGUCCUUCAAAGACGAGCCGUUCGAUGAAGACUCCAUUGACACGAAUGAGACUAAAGUUGUGGUCAAAUCUAAUGACCAAUGAAUGAC